AUGUGGCCCCCUGAUCUCGGGCCUCCAGAUGUGACUCUUCCUGGAUUUGGGAGUGUGUUUGAGGAUGCUGAGGAUCUUCAGGCGCCGCUGUCUUCUGGUGGCUUCUGCCAGCCGUCGAUCCAUUCGGGAGGCCUGUGCUGUCUUCCCAGGACCUCACUGUCGCUCUCCUCGCUUGGGCGUGACCUCACCUCCCUGCUCAACUGUAAGACAGCCGGAUCCCACGUAGAAAAGACUGUGGAGGACUUUGCAACCACAGCUCACACAGACACCCAAAACAGCACUCAGAGGUUUAGCUGCUACCCUCAGCCUUCCUUCCCAAUUUCCUACAUGCUCACCAGCUGUGCCACAUCUUCAUCUUUCGCCUCGCCACCUUCCUCACUGUCUUCUGCCUCCUCAUCUUUACUUUUUGCAUCUUGCUUGCCUCUUUCUGAUGCCAACAAUAAAUUGUCUCAACAACAACAAAAGCCACAGGAGGAAUAUUGCUCCGUAAAACAAGAACCUGCAGAUGAUUUCUUGCCAUGUAAGAGGGAACGGUUUCAAAUUAGCAACCAGCAGGGGGAGCUGUACCAUUUAAAUCAGGCUUUUCAAGGAUACAGCAAUCAGGACAGCACACAGUCCUCUCUUCAGUCCCCCAUGAUUAACGUACCUGUGGGACAGGACCCCACGCUUGACCAGCAGGAGCAACCGUGUCAUUGGAUUGACUGCAGUGCCACUUAUAGCACCCAGGAGGAGCUAGUGAGGCACAUCGAGAAAGUGCACAUCGACCAGAGAAAAGGGGAGGAGUUUGCAUGUUUCUGGACUGGCUGCGUGCGACGCCACAAACCGUUCAAUGCUCGCUACAAGCUGCUUAUCCACAUGAGGGUCCAUUCUGGAGAAAAACCCAACAAGUGCAUGUUUGAGGGCUGCUCCAAGGCGUUCUCCCGUCUGGAGAACCUGAAGAUCCACCUGAGGAGCCACACGGGGGAGAAGCCUUACAUUUGCCAGCACCCCGGCUGCCUCAAGGCUUUCAGCAACUCCAGUGAUCGUGCUAAACACCAGCGCACACAUCUGGACACGAAACCAUACGCCUGUCAGAUACCAGGAUGCACCAAGCGCUACACUGACCCCAGCUCAUUACGAAAGCACGUCAAAGCUCAUUCAGCCAAAGGCCUUCAGGAAAAGGAGGUCAAGGUUCAGGUGCACACGAUGCUGGAAUCUGACAUCUUAAGUGACUGCCUGGCACGCCAGCAUCUCCACAGCUCUGCCUCGUCGCACCAAGAAAACAGCUCACCUUUACCGGCUUUAGAUGACUUCACAGGUGUGUACUCAAACAGCAGCAGCACCGCCCACAGUCGGGGGAAUUCAGAGUUUCUGCCCCCAUCAGCAGACUCGAGGUAUCCAGGCCUGGAGGGAAACUUUGAUGCUAAUAGCCCAAUAUCUUCAUUAACAAGCCCGGGGAGCAUGAGAGAGGGGAACAGACCAGCUUCCUUGUUUGUGUCCGCUGAUGUGAUCCCAGCGAGUCCCUGCUCAGACAGAGUGGACGUCCGGCUGCAGGGCUUCCAGAAAACCUACAACCACCAACAGCAAGUGUUCUCGCAGCAACACGGUUGCCUGUAUGGAGAGGGAAAGAUGGCUCAAGCACCCAGCGAUGGAGGUUUUGAGCCUCCAAGUUACUUCACCAACCAGCCCGCCUCCCACUCUACAGGGUUUGACUUGCUGCAGGACCUGCAGGGUCAGGCGGGGGGCGGUUACUCCUUGCCUCCCUGCCCAGACGACAGCUUCCUCUUCCAGGCAGGUGGUGUCGACCGCUGCCUCAGUCAGAUUUACUCCGUCUAUCUGGACUCGUGAUGGACACCCAGAAAGAUUCUAUGCAGCAUGAAUGCGACAGCUGACAAUCACUCACUUGUGUAUAUAUAUCUAAGGAUCAUUUUAUCAGCAUUGUUUCUUUUUUGGCAAGAGAAAAAAGCCAGUGGGAGUUUAAAUGGUACAAAAAUAACUAGAGGCGGAAAAACUCUUGUUAAGCUGUGGAUCUGUGGACAAACAAACAAAUGGCCAAAAGGGAAAAUCACAGAGAGGCAGUACUGUGCAAGAGUCUUGACCCACCCAACAUUUCUUUAUAUUUCGCUAGCAAAAUGGGAAAUAGGCAAUGCCAUUUGUUGAAAUGUUCAAAGAUGUAAGGCGGAAACAGUGUUU